AUGUCGCAUCUGCCUGAGACAUAUGGGUAUCCUGUGGUGUCAGUUUGCCCAGAUGAUCCACCUUGGACCGCAGCGCCUCCUGAUUGGCUCGAACAGCAGGCCUGGUUCUUGGCGGCCCUGGACAAGAAGUUCGCAGAACAGGCCCUCGAUGUGGAGAAACUGAUUCGGGAACUGCUCAGUGGCGUCGGUGGUCAACGGCGGCCACCCCCGAUGGAACCGUUGUCCUUUGUCUCGGAGCCGCCAUCUUGGACGAUGUUCCAGGAUACAUCCGAUACUUUGGCACAAGCUGACGCCGCAGAAGCGCCAAAGAAGAAGCCAUCAGUCCAAGCAUUGAAAGCCUUGGGGGCCAAGGUCAUGAGCGAGAAAUGGGAGCCCGAUCCCCCACUGAAAGCUUUUGUGAAAGGGAACCUGGACAUGUUGAUUGGUGUAGUGGUUUUGAUCAAUGUGAUCAUGAUGAUCAUUCAUUCUCAAUGGGUCGCUUGGAAGUCUGAAGUGGAGCUGAACUUGAUCGAGCCUUCAGAUUCCAUGUUCUCCCCGCAGACCUUUGAUGUGAUUGAGUAUAUCUUCUUCAGCAUCUACUGUUCGGAUAUGCUCGUGCGAAUGAUUGUGCUUCGAAAGGAGUGGUAUUUCGACCCCCCAAGUAGGUACUAUGUACCUGAAUAUCUUUGA